CAGAAAGAGAGGAAGCCAAGCGUAAAACGCACAAUUUCUGCUGACCAAGAUCAGCAGCAGGGUACAAGGAAAGAGACAAUUCCUUCUGAAACAACCCAACAGGAAAGUCAGACAUCUCCACUAAAGCAAAUUGGAUGGCCAGUGUUCUAUUGUCCCUUCUCACAAAUUCACAGUGCUGGAGAAAUUGCAUGGACCCGUGAAGGAUGUAAAAAGGAAAGUUUCUGGUGCAGAGCUCUUCCUUUGUCUCUUGGGAGCAUGCUUGUCACCCAGGGACUAGUCUCAAAGGGUAAACGUAAAAAAUUCGUGAAGGUCCUAAAUUAUGAAGUUGAGGCUCUACAAUUUCUACUGAAGUGCAAGCAUUGCCAGCAUACUUGCAAAGAAUGUGAAGUAAAAUUGGGAUCUAAUGAGAAACAAAGUUCAAUUCCUUCAGCAUCUUAG